AUGUCCAGCUGGGUGUGUGCCUCUUUAUCUGGGCACACCUUCAGAGUGGGGAAGCUCUGGCUUCUUCCUGGGAGGAACUACAUCCAAGACAGUUCAUCAUCAUCAUCAGCAGUUUCCAAGCUACUGGUGUCAGAGGUAUCAUCUAGUGAUAUUGAUCAUAGCCUUUCCAACAAUUCCCUUUCUUCUGAUGAGCCACUGCUCUCUACAUGUUUUUCGCUAAACUUCGAUAACUUUGAUGGCGCGAGUUUUUCAUCCUGUGGUCGGAAGCAGCUAAAAUGUCAGACCAGUGCCUUAGGCCAACCACAGAUGCUCAUUCCACCAUUGACUGCAUCGAGUACAUUUCCAUUGUCAUCUACAACUUCGUCUACUUCAUCUUUACUGCCAACUUCUUUGCCAUCAACAUUGUCAUCAAUACCAACAUUGUCUUGUUCUCCAUCUUCAUCAGUGCAAAUGCUUCCAGCUGAACACCUACAAUCACAACAAGGACUGCAUCUUAAAGAACUACUACAACAGGAAGAUUUGCAAACUCAAAAUGAUCAGCAGCAGCAAUUUGAAGAUUUGCUGCAGCAACAUAACUAUCAGCAGCCACACCAUUCACAUCAGUCAUUACAACUUGAGCAUUUGUUGCAGAAUGAUGAACAAGAACAAUUGUUGCAACAUCAUCAAGAACAUCAACAUGUAUCAGAGCAACAUAAAGCAGAAUUGGAAAAACUCUUAGAGCCAGAAGAUGCCAAAAACCAAGUAGAGAUUGAGACAAGUGAUUUGGAGCAAAUUUUACAAUCGGCUCCUGACCAACAAACCUCUUCUUCACAAGCAUCUCAACAACACCAGCCAUUGUUGCAACAAUUAUUGCAACAGCCAGAUCAAAUACAACCGGGGCUUGAACUGCAACCACAACUCCAGCAAUUGCUGCAGCAGCCAAGCCAAUCUCCUCUUCCAAAACAAAGUGAUCCUGACAAGCAUCCACAGGAACAACUGAAACAGCUACUUCUACAGCCAGAUACCUCACAACAUCAGUAUCACCAACAACACCACCAUCACCACCACCACCACCACCACCAUCCUCAUCAGCACCAACAUCAGUACCCUCAAAACAAAUCUCAACAACCUGUUGUGUCACUCCUCCCACCCUCUUCUGUCUCAUCAACAUCAACCAAUUCAGUAGUAACAUUACCCACACCCACUCCUUCUCCAGAGGCUGUUGUGGCAUCCAUAAUGUCUUCAGCUAGCAAGAUGAUCCUUCAACACCAAGCUGCUGGACUUCUCACUCCAAUUUCUGCCCAGCAGUAUUUGGAGAUGAUGCGAACACGUGCAGCAAAUUAUGCAUCGGCACCAAGCAAUGUGCACCAGAAGUUGCUAGAUGAUCUCAGUGAAGAACUUGGUAAACUUGCUAAUGAGGGAGUUGAAGAAAGUGUUAGCAAAGAAGUAUUUUCCAAAUAUGAACACCGUGAAAUUCUUCCUGGAUGCCUACCCCACCCUGGAGAUAUUGUGGAAGCAGGCUCCUUAUCUUCUUUGUUUCUUCCUGAUCCUUGGUAUCCAUUGACAAGUGUCCUGACACCUGACAAAUUGCACAAGGGUCAGCUUAGCAGUCUCCAAUUAGAAGGAAUUCUUUAUGCUUGCCAAAAGCACCAAACAGUGUUGCCCAAUGGUCAUCGAGCAGGAUUUUUCAUUGGAGAUGGUGCUGGUGUAGGAAAAGGACGACAGGUAUCAGGUAUCAUAUUGGAUAAUUUCUCCCGAGGACGAGUGCGUCAUAUUUGGUUUAGUAUCUCUACAGAUUUGGUGGUAGAUGCAAGAAGGGAUUUAAGAGAUAUUGGCUGUUAUAUUCGUGUGAUUGAUGGCUGUAAUGAACUCGACAAACAAACCAGAGUUUUUGGUCUCUCUCCAGAUCUCAAAGAAGGUGUAGUGUUUAGUACUUAUGCUACUCUUGUUUCAUCUGUCCAAAGAGGAUCAUUAACUGGUACUAGACAGAGUCGCCUGCAACAGCUUAUCCACUGGUGUGGAGGAAAAGAUUUUGAUGGAUGUUUGAUUUUUGAUGAAUGCCAUAAAGCUAAGAAUUUUGUUCCUGGGAAGGAACAUGCAAGCACAAAAGUAGCCAAUGCUGUUAUGACCAUACAAAGACUUCUUCCUAAGGCAAGAGUUAUUUAUUGUUCUGCAACAGGUGUAUCUGAUGUAAAGAAUAUGGCGUUUAUGGAAAGGCUUGGACUGUGGGGAGAUGGAGCUCCAUUUCCAUCAUUUGAGAAUUUUUUGGACUGCAUGGCACGGAAAGGACUUGGGGCUGCUGAAAUGCUUGCAAUGGAGAUGAAAACAUCAGGAAUGUAUGUUUCUCGAGGGCUAAGCUUCAAGCAGGCAGAGUUUGUUACUGUAGAGGCUGAGUUGACUUGUGACCAAAUGAGGACUUAUGAUACAGCUGCUUAUGUAUGGAAUGAAUUGCGGAAGGCUUUGAUCACAGCUCUUCACCGAACCAAUUGUGGAAAUAACAGAAUUUGGACUCAGUACUGGUCUUCACAUCAGCGCUUUUUUAAACAACUCUGUAUGGGGAUGAAAGUUCCAACAAUUGUACAAUUAGCAAAGGAAGCUCUAGAUCAAGGACAUUGUGUUGUGAUAGGAUUACAGACUACUGGAGAGGCAUCAUUAGAAAGUGAAAUGGGAAGAAAUAAAGGUGUUUCAACUGGUUUUGUGUCUCUUUGCCGAGAGAUUCUUACCCGUUUCAUUAGAGUAUACUUCCCAACCAACAUUGAAUGUGGAAUAAAUGAACCAUCUCGAGAAGAUGAUUGGUGCAAAGAAGCUAAGUCGAUGCUGUUGAAAUAUGCAAUGGAAAUUGAAUUGCCUGACAGUCCUCUGGAUGCCAUCAUUGACCAACUUGGAGGGCCAGAUAAAGUAGCUGAAAUGACUGGAAGACGUGGCCGUGUAGUCAGACACAAUGUGAGUGGAUGCCCACAGUAUGAAUUACGUGCUGGAUCAGGCUCAGGUUCAAGUUCAGAGCUGGAAAGCUUAAAUGUCAAUGAGAGGAACCGAUUUAUGGAUGGGAGAAAAUUGAUUGCUAUAAUAUCUGAUGCUGCCAGCACAGGUAUUUCUCUUCAUGCUGAUAUCCGAGCUGACAACCAGAGACGGCGUGAACACUUGACUAUUGAACUUCCAUGGAGUGCAGACAAGGCUGUUCAACAGCUUGGCCGCUCUCACCGUUCUAAUCAAUCUAGUGGACCUUUGUAUAAAUUAGUAACUACCAAUUUGGGUGGGGAAAGAAGAUUUGCUGCUGCCGUUGCUCGUCGGUUACAGUCUUUAGGUGCCUUAACCAAAGGUGAUAGGCGAGCCGCCACUGGAGCUGAUUUGACUGAAUUCAAUUUUGAUACUCCAUAUGGCCGAAUUGCUCUCAGAACAAUGUACCAAUACAUUUGUAUUAGUGAUCUUGUUCCUGGAGUUGCAUUUUCUUCUGUCAAACAAACUGUGGAUUGUCUGGAGAAUUUUCAUAAAAUUAUGCAAGACUGCUUAAUUUUGAUGGGAAUUGUUGAUAUGGACCCAAUUAAGUUCACGGUGCAAGUGAAAAAAGAAGAUUUGGGAAAUGUUGACUAUUUUUUUGUAUCCUUUCAUAUAGGUCAACCUUUUUAA